AUGCUCUUCUCUUUCUACCUUAAGUAUAGAAAGCCUCAAUUCAAAACAUUGAGUUUAAAGAAUAUUGUUGCUUUGAAUGUGUAUGCACAUGUUUCGACUGAAAACUUCAUAAACAUUAAGUUUAAAGGAUUCCGAGGAGCUAGCCGUACCGAAGAUGAAUUUACUCUUGCAGACUUACCAUGCAUGAUUCCUUACGAUUGGAUUUCAGUGUUCUUGAUUGUGUUAAAAGAUGAAAAUACUUAUGAGCCAGUCGUUGCUCAUCUGAAGAGGAUGCUUAUUUGUUAUAUUCAUGAAGUUGCAAAAAAUGGAUAUAGAAAUAGCGUCCGUUCUGAAGAAAAAUCUGGUUCUGAAGGCUGA